AUGCCUCUCGAAGGGCGUCUUUAUAUCAGACCCGCAGUGUUCAAACAGUUUUGUAUCGUUGACGUCGAAAGUCGGAUUCCCGUGGCAGCCCGAAAGUCGUCCCUCAGUUCUGGUGCAGAUAUGAAUGUGUUCCUCAACGCAAUAACCAUCUGGGUGUUGUCGCUGCUGUCUGUGACGGUCUGGCUGGCACUGCAACUCUACGACAACAUCCACACGUAUUUGAUGUAUCCGACAAUAGUCAGCAGGAGGAUUGUCUCCCCUGGCAGCAUGGCAUUUCCGGCCGUGACCUUGUGCAACGUCAACCCACUGAGAACACGCAGUUUGUUCGCCAUGGAGGAAGGGGAUCAUGCUUCUCCGACUGUAUACGAAGCUAUUACAGAGUACUACAGGCUGAUCAACCCUUCUCCCGACACAAGUGAUGGACAGACAGACAUUAGGACAAAGAGGUUUCUGGAAGUCUUGGGACCAUACCUGGACAGGAUCUCACCACGUGACCUCUACACGGCAGCGUCACACAAGGCAGAAGCGUUCAUACAUAGGUGCGAGUGGAGGAAUGAGCGCUGUGGCCCUGAUGACUUCACUCCUACCCUCACGGACGCUGGGUUGUGUUACAUCUUUAACCAGAACGCGUCUCUCCACACGGAGAUUUCAGACUUUUUGUAA